GUUAGUACUCCAAAAUACAUAGUGUUGAUCUGUAAGUUUUCUUUUUCUUUUUAAGUGUUUUUGUUUUGUUUUUUCUUUUUCAUUCUCUUUCUUCAGUCUCCAAGUCGAAAAGGAGAAGUUGUUGGCACAUUCAUUCUCAAAGCCAAUUGAUUUCAAAAGACAUCAAUCUGCUAAGGCGAAGAAAAUAAUGGUGAUCACUGCAAAUGAAGAUAAAUUAGGGUUUCCGUAUUGGAUACCAGUUUGUCGAAGAUUUAGUCCUGAUGCUCCAUUCUUUGCUUCCAGCAACAUAGAACGAGAGCUUCUCGCCAAACAGGUUGCAUUAGAUUUAACUGAAGAUGAAAAGAAUCAGAUUCUAGACAUGGAGUAUGAGGGAGGAUGCAGGGUUGUAUUUUGCCCAAUUGUUGGUUGUGGUGCACAGUUGAGUUCUUUGGAGGACUUUGAAGAUCACUACCAUGCCCGACACACUGCAUCUUGUUCAGUUUGUUCAAGGGUUUACCCAACAUCACGGUUACUCAGUAUACAUGUUUCAGAAGCCCAUGAUUCCUUCUUUCAGGCAAAAGUUGCACGUGGCUUUCCCAUGUACGAGUGCCUGGUUGAGGGUUGUGGGAUGAAACUAAAGAGCUAUAAAAGCCGGCAACAGCACCUUGUAGACAAGCAUAAAUUCCCCACUUCAUUUGAGUUCUUUAAGAAGGCACACCCAUCAAAGAAACAGAGGCAGAAGUAUCAGCGUAAACAAGCUGACCAUAAGAGGGAGGAGGCAAUGGAAGAGGAAGAGAUGAUUACUGGACUGGUUUCGGCAGUCUCAAAAUUAAGCAUGGACUCUUCUCCUUCGUCUAUUAGUUUUGGACAUCGCCGCAGCCAUGGCCUCAAGUUCACUCCUCGGUCUCUCCAGAAAGGAUGAACGGAUAGUCAGCAUAUAGUUUCAACAAAAUUACUACCAUGAUGUACCUGUUGUUGAGGACGACCGAUGACAACCUAGUUACAGAGAUCUACUUUCAUACUUGGGAGGGGUAUAAGAAAAAAAUUUGAGAUGGUUUUAGUCUUUUUUUUUUCCACAAAAUCUCCAGCUAAUGUCAAAAUCUCAGAGGAACUUGGUGUUCUUGCAUGUUGAUGCAAAUCAUGCAAUCAUGGAGCAAUUUGACAGGCUUCAAUGACUGCAAACUGAAUGAUGAAGAAAUAUUUCCAUUUAGAUCA